GUGUGUAUCAGAGCAUCAGUGUGUUUAGUACAGCAGCGCAGUGGAGGCGCGCAGAGGACACACAGGGUACCAAGAGGGAUCCGAGUCAGGAGAGGGACAGGAUCACUUUUCAAACAAACAAACAAACUAUGCUUUGACAGAAGAGGAUGCAGAAUAAAGUUAAAGGACCGGAGAUGAGCUUAAAAUGUGCAGCUCCUUCAGCAUUUGACUUGAUCAUACAUGGAUUGCUGCUCUAAACCUGCUCUAAGCCUUUUCACGACAACUUCAGUGGUACUUUUUCAAAGCAAAACCAAACAAAACAAACAAACAAAAAACAUAUUGUCGCUCAGCAUGUCAGCCAUCAGAAGGAAAUUUGGAGAGGAAUAUCAGGUCGUGAACACCAGCCGAGGCGCGCAAUUCCCUGCGCCGAUUAAGCGCAAAAGGCAGCGCUUCGUGGAGAAGAACGGACGCUGUAACGUGCAGCACGGAAACCUGGGCGGUGAGACGAGCCGCUACCUGUCGGAUCUGUUUACCACGCUGGUGGACCUGAAGUGGCGUUGGAACCUGCUCAUCUUCCUGCUCACUUACACGGUGGCGUGGCUCGUUAUGGCCUCCAUGUGGUGGCUGAUCGCGUACGCACGUGGAGACCUCGGGCGCGGACACGACGCCGACUACACGCCGUGCGUAGCCAAUGUCUACAACUUCCCCUCCGCCUUCCUCUUCUUCAUCGAGACCGAGGCCACUAUCGGCUACGGGUAUCGCUACAUUACAGAGAAGUGCCCUGAGGGCAUCAUCCUAUUUCUCUUCCAGUCUCUGCUCGGCUCCAUUGUGGACGCUUUCCUCAUCGGCUGCAUGUUCAUCAAGAUGUCGCAGCCGAAGAAACGCGCAGAGACGCUCAUGUUUAGCCAAGACGCAGUGAUCUCGCAGCGGGACGGCAAACUCUGUCUCAUGUUCCGUGUGGGAAACCUCAGGAACAGCCACAUGGUGUCAGCUCAGAUCAGGUGCAAGCUCAUCAAGUCUCGUCAGACACCUGAGGGGGAGUUUCUGCCCCUGGACCAAAGAGAGCUGGACGUUGGGUUUGGAACGGGCGCCGACCAACUCUUCCUCGUCUCUCCUCUCACCAUCUGCCAUGAGAUUAAUACCAAGAGCCCAUUCUUCGACCUUUCACAGCGCUCACUCAUAAGUGAGCAGUUUGAGAUUGUUGUUAUCCUUGAAGGCAUAGUGGAAACCACAGGUAUGACGUGUCAAGCUCGGACAUCUUACACAGAGGACGAGGUGUUGUGGGGGCACAGGUUCCUUCCCGUUAUGUCUUUGGAGGAGGGUUUCUUCCGAGUGGACUACUCACAGUUCCACAGCACCUUUGAGGUGCCCACGCCUCCUUACAGUGUAAAGGAACAGGAGGAAUCAUCUUGCCUGCCUUCCCCUGCUCCACCUCUCACCCCGACUCCGGGAGAUCCGCGAAGCCGCAGAGAGCGCAUCUUCUCCCUUGAUGGUGCGUCCCACACUGAAGGUACAGUCUCGAGGUUGCCUAGCAAGCUCCAGCGUAUGAGCUCCGGAAAUGGUAAAGAUUGUGGGAAAUCUGCAUCUGAAAAAACAUCCAACACAGGUGACCCCCUACGCUCAUCAGCCAGGCUGGAGGAGUCCAACAGCCAGAUGAAGGCAGAGCCACAUAUCCUGUCAGCAGGAGAGCUGGAGCAUCACAGACUGGCUCUAAUGCCUACUCCAGUGCCAGGGCCCAACCUUAACCAGCUGCCAUCGGCUGGCGGCCGACCCGAGGACAACCUGCCUGAGAAACUACGCAGGAUGAACGUGGACCGCUGAGCCAUGAACCACGAUGAUCUCUACUUUCACCAUGCCUCAAACACAAACUGAUCAACAGAGAGGCUUUGGGAAGAUAAAGCUAGUUCCGAAACACAAAUCCAAUACAAACUUUAGCUGGACUAUACUGUGAUUCUUUUUAAUUAUUACACAAAGGAAACAGCCAUGUCUGUCAUCGUAAAAUGGAUUACGCCAUCAUCCGUCAUCAUUUAAUUCAGUUUCAAAUAAGCUUAAUAUAUUUUUAUUUAAAUCCAAAUUGAACACUUUGGCUUUGUGUAAAAUAUUCAUAUGUAUCAUGCUACUCUAUUUAUUAACGUAGGCUUGACUGAUCAAACUGAAUCAUGUUCUUGUUUUAGUUCUGAUUAAGCAUGUGCUGAUAGACAAUAAGGCAAUGAAGAUAUAUAUUUAACAUGCGCAAUCAUGUUAGGUAAGUAGAAAAGGUCUGUCCUAUUUCAAAAAGGCAGCAUAAAGAUAUAAUGCACAAUUUUGAAAGCAGCAUCGCAUGUGUAUUUCUUAGUCAAUGCAAUGAAUUAACAAACAAAAAAAAAACGAGUGAGCUGGCUAGGCAUCUCACUUUUCAAGCUAUAGGAAUAUUUAAAACUCCCUGUUGUGUUCUUAUCCGAGCUGAGA